AUGCCAAAGAGCAAGCGCGCAGCCGAAGCUCAAGCCACCUCGCGACUUCUUCGCGCUCACCACAGGGAGCAGCACCGCAACAUCUGCAGCUCAACACAUCUUGCAUAUCCACCAACCCGCGCCUCUUCUCCAGGCGCAUCACACUGCCCAAUUCACACCAUCGACGACAAACACAAUCGUAUCUGCGAAACCACACCGUGCGACACGCGCACCCAUCUACACUCACUUAAACGACGGCAACUGCACCACGGUAAAGCUGUCAAGCUGUUUUCCGCACUCGUCAGCGCUGUCUCUACUCUUCGUAGCAAGCCGGCUGCGCCAACUCAGCAGACCCGCCGAGCUAUCGAGACCUCCUCCGCAGCGUCUUCGGAAUCCCCCGCACCUUCUCUGAUCAUGGCGGUCACCCCUCGCAGCAGGACCGCUUCGGCAAACGCCUCGCCUUCCAAGUCCAACGGGCGCAAGCAGCCCGCCAAAGUCGCCAUCGACUUUUCGGACGAGGAUGACUCUGCAGGAACCCCGAGCAGGAAGACUGGCAACGCCAAGGCCAAAGCCAACGCGAAAGAGCCUAUUGAGAUCGCAGACGACGACGAGGAGGUCGGCGAAGGCGAAGGCGAAGAAGAAUACGAGAUUGAAGAGGUGCGGGGUCAUCGUCAAAAGAAGGGCAAAGAAGCAUACAACAUGGAAUACCUCAUCAAGUGGAAAGGCUAUGCAGACAGCGAAAACACGUGGGAGCCAGAGGCGCAGCUUCCCCAAGAUUUGGUCAACGCGUACUGGAAGAAGCAGCCUUCCAAGUCGCAGCCCAAGAAGUUCGAAAAGCGCAUGUUGCAAGAGAGCGAGGACCAGGAGAGCGAGGACGACAUCGAGCCCAUCGAGGCGGACAGCGACGAAGACCAAUACGUCAAACAGUCGAAGCGAGGCUCCGCAGCCAAGGCCAAGCACUCAGUAUCACCCAAGCGCAACGGCCGUGCAAGCAGCAGCACGGGCUCGAAGCGCUCGAGCCCUUCCAAGUCAGCCUCGGGCAGCGCGCGUGGCGCCAAGAAGCGACGAACCUCUUCCUCCGGCCGCGGUCGCCGUGCGUCUUCGUCGGACGACGAUCAGUAUUCCGAAGACGACGAGGAUGACGAGGAGGAAAGCGACGAGGAGGACGAGAGUGUUCUGGAGAAGGAGCACACGGCGCUCAACAGCAUCCGCACCAGGUUCUUGAAAUACUUUGUCAAAGAGAAGGAGGACUGGGAAGACGAGGUGGAGGGCGUCCUCAACAUGCAGCGAAACCCUGAUGACGAUGAGCUGCGCAGCCAUUUGCAGUUCCGCAACAACGACCACUGGCGCAAGGCCAUGAGCAAGAUGAGCUUCGGCCACAAAUACAUCGACGAGGGACCGCAGAUCUGGGUGGCCAACAAGACGGCCAACGAACGCUGCCCGCAGAAGGUCAUCAAAUUCUACGAGACGCACCUCCGCUUCGCCGACACGCACAAGGCUGUCCGCUAG